AUGUCUCGACAGAAUGGAUCUCCAACUAGCAACUCCAGCUCAACGGCGAAUCCCUCCGUCGAUCGUAAGACUAUUGAGAAUCGUCCGGCGUUCACCACGACAUCUUUUCACGCUGCCUCAUUUCAACAUGGUGCCGGGGUGAGGAAACGAAGGCCUGAUGCUAUGGGUUUUCAGGACGCUGGCCCAUUCUUUUCGAUGACACAUCAGCAUUAUAAUAUUCACAGUGUGGACAGGUCCAUCAGUUACAAACUUCAAAUUAAUUCCAAGGUUGACCGUGGUUUUUUCUUAGCAGAUAAUGAUUGGACGUGUUAUCGAAGAAACUAUUUUCAGAUUAGUAGCGCAUUCUCCUUCGUGACCACACAUCCGCUUAACGAAUCCGACAUACCGUGCCUCAUCGAGGUCGAUGGACAAUUUCAUCCUGUCACCGGCUUCCAGUUGGGUAUCACAGCACGUGUCUCGAACAGCGACAAGAAGAUCGAAUUGGUACAACACACUCCGAAGCGUGACAAAGGUCCGCAAAUGGUCCCAAUGCCAAAAUCAAUUCGUGCCGGUGGUAACUUGAACCUAAGCUCUGUUGGAUCGAACUCAAACAUCGUUACCUUUGAGCGUAUUCAAUUCAAAACAGCCACCGCCAACAACGGCAAACGUCGUGCUGCCCAACAAUACUACGUGGUGGUCGUGGACCUCUACGCGCAAAUUGAGAACGGUGAGCAAUUACAAGUGGCCAGUUCAACUUCCGCUCCAUUGGUGGUGCGUGGGCGUUCUCCUGGUCACUACGCCGAUAAUCAUGAGAAUCGCUACAACCCGAUGGCCAUGAACCCGGCAUACCCAAACGAUCGACACAUGGGUUUCCCGCAUCCACAGGGACCGAAUGGUACGGUGAUCCCACAGGAUUUUAGCGGAGCCCCUUUUCAGGGUCCGUAUGGGCAGUACCCACCUUUCCCGAACUUUCACGGAAAUCUGAUGAUGACCGGUGGCGGAUCGAACGGACAAGCCCCCCCGUUCCACCCACAGCAUCCACAUCAACAGUACAUGGUACCAAGUAUUUCGGAUUCAAGUGAACAACAAAACUCGGAGAUGUACAGUGACCCUGGUAGCAUGGUGAACGGUUCGCAUGAUCAAAAGAUGCAUUCGAGCCAUGGGCAGAUGGAGAUGCAUAUGGACGGCGUCGGUGCCACGUCAUCCUCCCAUUCCGCCUUCUCAAAUUUCGAACCACGACAGCUUCCAACAUCAGGUGCAAACUCAAAUUCUGCAUCAGGUGGUAAGCCUUUCAUGAAAAUUGAGAUUCCACAACCUUCAGGACUAUCCGAACACCCUCUCACAUCACCCGCGUAUCACUCACAAGAAUACAUGGAUGGAAUCCACAUGUAUCCCAACGGGGGACAUCCUGCAAAUAACGCAUCGGCACACCACGGCGGCUACCAUUCAGACAAUGAACAACACCACAGCAACGGAUUAGGUAACCAUGUUGGUGGACGGCAACCGAGGUCAGAUGGUGCUCCGGAAAAUGGACAACACCAUUCACCAUCACUCAACGGGGUCGAAAAGCCGGAACACGGAGGAUCAAAGUCACCGCCAUCAGUGAAUAGCAAUACCACGACUCCCACGACGGAGUUAGGUAAAGGACUUAGUCAGUUGAAUUUUCGCAUGAAUAAAUUGGAAGCCGAUGAUAAACUGUAA